AUGUCCCCUAUAAUAAUUCGUAUAUUAUCAUUGAUCUUUCUAAUAUUUUUUGCUUAUCCAUUAACAAUAUAUCUUCAUCCAUGGUGGAUAUUAAUGCAACCAUUAGGUGCCUAUGAUCUUUUUUCUAAUAUGAUUAACGAAUUAACAACUAUAAUGCAUUUACCUAGAAAUCUUUCGUUAUCGAUACAAACUGGUGAAUGGUGGUGGCAUUUAUAA